UGUCGUCAGAUUCUUGCCAAUCGUCUUGGAUUCGUUCGCAAAGUCUGUAAUUGCACAUGCUAUAUAACUGCAUCGUCGGCUAAAAUAAGAUACACUCUAAAUUCUGUUCGAGUAUUGCCAGCUCUCUGCGCAGGAUUUGCUAAACUCGAUUUUGAUCUUACGGGAAAGCGAAGUUCGUAAGAUUCAGCGACGCCAUUGCCAAUAUUUGCAUAUGUUUUUUUUUUUCAUAACUGCAACAAGCGAACAGUUUGGGCAACACUUAACAUCAAACUGUACAUUUGUGACAUGAAGUGCGACUUGGUGAGUGAGUGAAUGGCUGUCUUGGGUGGUGCCGUUUGAGCGCCACCUUUUUUCUACUAACCCUUUCUCUCUCUUUCAAGUAGGGGUCUUUUCACUUCGCCGCAGAGGUGUGAUGCAGCAGCAUUCAUCUCAAAACAGAAGCUUUACGUGCAUCUUUCCACAGGCCUGGUGCUAAAGGACAUUAUCGAGAAGUACUUCGUUUCCCCGACGUUACUUCGAGUGGUUCGCGUGGCGAAGGUGGGGCGAGUCCUGCGUCUGGUAAAGGGAGCCAAGGGUAUCAGGACGCUCCUCUUCGCCUUAGCCAUGUCCUUGCCCGCGCUCUUCAACAUCUGUCUGCUGCUUUUCCUCGUUAUGUUCAUCUUCGCAAUCUUCGGCAUGUCAUUCUUCAUGAACGUCAAACACACUGGGGCCUUGGACUCUGUUUACAACUUCGAGACGUUCUUCCAGUCUUUCAUUUUGCUGUUCCAAAUGAUGACGUCAGCUGGGUGGGACGGUGUACUUUCCGGCAUUAUCAAUGAGAGGGACUGCCGGCAGCCUGAUCCGGAGACCGGCGAUCCAGGAAACUGUGGUAAUCAACCCAUUGGUAUCGCUUACAUGAUGGCCUACCUGGUAAUGACCUUCCUCAUCAUUAUCAACAUGUACAUUGCUGUCAUCCUCGAGAAUUAUUCCCAGGCAACAGAAGACGUGGAAGAAGGUCUCACAGAGGAUGAUUACGACAUGUACUACGAGAUCUGGCAAGAGUUCGAUCCCAAAGGCACACAGUUUAUAGAAUUUGGCACUCUCUCUGACUUCAUGGAUGUACUGGAGGCUCCCCUUCAGAUUCACAAGCCAAAUAAGUACAAAAUCGUGUCAAUGGACAUCCCUAUAUGCAAAGGAGACCUCGUUUUCUGUGUGGACGUCCUCGAUGCACUAACCAAGGACUUCUUUGCUCGUAAAGGAAAUCCAAUAGAGGAUUCUGGCGAUAUGGGUGAAGUAGGACCCCCUGCUGAAAGACCUGGUUAUGAACCAGUGUCCUCAACGUUAUGGCGUCAACGCGAAGAAUACUGCGCUCGGCUAAUACAACAAGCGUGGCGCAAACACCGACAGCUCAAAGACCAGUCGUCAAUGUCAGGAAGCGGUUCACAAGAAGACUUCAAGCAAGCAGAUACCGCCGUCCUGGUGGAAAGUGAUGGAUAUAUAACAAAAAACGGCCAUAAGGUGGUGAUUCACUCGCGAUCACCAUCGUUGACGUCACGGUCCACAGAUGUGUGACUGAAAAAGGCGAGUAGAUAAAGUUGCUUGUUGACUGUUACACGGGACAGUUGUAAACACCUUUAUUUCAAGGUUAUUGACUACUACACGGGUUGUCUGUUAAGUGAAAAAGGUUUUACUUCGUCCCAUACGGCUUUGAUAUCAGCGGCGUAUGAAUCCGCCACUAACAAACUUGUUGGUGUUGGUGGUUGGACCACUCUUGCUCGGGAACACUUCACUCCUAAUGCCUUGUUGUUUAAGUUUACAGUCCAACUGUCCUCAUCAGCUUCCCGAUCUUCGAGUGCCGCGCCCUCUGUGCAGAUAUUACUGGCCUAAGUGAUUCACUAUAUGUUUAUUUUUGUAUUAUUGGGCCCUUAGUUACCCGUCUUGGUACUGCUGCUGGGUUCAAGCAAGGUUGGGUGUGCCUGCUCUUCACGACUGUCAUUCUUAGCUGGUAUGGAGGUGACAUAAAGCCUGAUGACACUGCCACCCAUGGCCGCCCACACACGCCCACGCUCACAGUAUUGUUAACACCCGGUGUAUGAAGCACCGACAACACCACAUCCCAACCCCGAGGACGGCCAGGGGGCACAUCAGACCGAGCCAGCAAGCAAGUGGGAGACUGCGUAGCGCCAUGAGGGGUUGUGUCACAGAGGUUCCAGUGCAGGCGGGCGGAGUGGUGCUCAGUGAUUCAACAUGGAAAGGACUUAUAACGCGCAUAAUCCACCAGCAAAACAGAGUUAUCGAUGAAUGUCUAAGGGAAUAUCAAAAGCAUAAUCACAACUGUGUAAUAGACAGAUGCCUUUAUUUGAGUGCAGAAGAUAACUAGCAGUUGCACAGCCUGGUAGAACUUGUAUUGUUAGACAUCUUCAAUGGACACUGCGCUAUCCACCUCCUUUCCUACACUUGGCUUUCACCCAGCUCCUACCCUCAUCCUCUACCCUAAGACUUUUCUGGCUCCUUGCGAAAAUUUGUUUGACUCUUUUAAGCAGAUGACAUUCCACCUGCUAGCAAAAUUUUAAGUACCAUCCAUUCCUUCAGUUUUCAAAAAGUUAAUGAGUGCUAAUACUAACAGUCGCUCUCACUUUGCAAUUCCUUUUUUCUUAUUCUUCAAAUUCCUGACAAGAUCUUUGACUUGUCCUUGUGGUAACUUCCCCACCACUGGGACAUGAACUGCUGCCAUCUAUGUCCACACUGUUUAAAUAGUGAUAAAUUUCGUCGUUCUUUCUCAGACAUCAGGAAUUAUUGAUAACUAUCAAAACAGGAUACACUUUAUUAAGAACAGUUUUAUAUUGCAAUAUUAUCAGUCAAAUACUUCCUCUUGCUUUUUUUUCAAUGUAUAGAUCCAUGAAGCUCUGUAAAUAGAAAAGAAUGCAGCAUCAGAAUUUCAUUGGCCAUAGUUAAUAGGGCAUUUGUGGAGGGAGUUGCAUUGGUGAAGUUGGUGCUUUCUGUCUCCCUCUUCCCCAAGUGGAGACGUCCACGAAGAACUUCACCCAAUGCCCUCUCUUCACCCGCUCCCUGCCUUUUAUUUUAAUUCCACCUUUUUCCUCCUCUAUUAUCAUUCCUCCCAAUUAGUUUCCUCCUGACGGUCUGUGGAGUAGAUCAACCAUUGGUUUAUAACAUUUACAUAUUCAACAAUGCUAUAAGAAGAUGAACGACUGCUAGUAUUUGGUGGUAAAACAAAUAAUAUUUAUUUGCAAGUUUCAGUUUCCAUUUCUUGUAUAAAUUAAUUGCAAACCUUUAGUUCCCGCUUCCCUCUCCUUCCUAACCACCCUCUGGUCUUCCCCAUAUGAUUUUACUUCUUGGCUGAUCUCAAGAAAUGUUAUGCAGCUCACAUUUUUGUCCUUGAAGGAGCCACACUCUGCUCUUGCGUCUUUGUUACUCUUGUUGCCACGUUGUUUACCUUUUGAGACUGUGUUGUCUGAUUCUCGAUUGCCUUAUUAUGUAGAAUUAUUGGCAAGGAUCGUUUAUCGUGCAAUUUCUUGUAGAUAUGCUGCUGUCUGCAAGACAAUUGUAACUGAACCUACGAAAAUAUUAGUGUAAGGUUAUGCCGUGCAUAAUUACUCAUCAUAAUUACAUAAAGUGUCCACCAGUCUGAAACUGAAGUACAGAAAAGCCAUUUGCAUAAAUAACUACAACAUGAACACCCAAGGAUGAAAUGGACAAUGCGGUGCCGUUUCUGCGGUGGGGUAGUUGCACGCAAGAGUGCCAAGGGUCCGGGUCUGGCGCGUCCUCUUCCCCCCUGGUGACGCUGUGCGACCCCGCCUCUCCCCGCCCGCCGUGCCCGCCCACCGCUGCUACCAACCGCCACCCGUCUCCCUUACAGAACGCAAUGCUAAAGCUCUGCAACGGCUGGCUGUCGAUUCAGUGUCGGGUGUCAGGCAUCCUGCCACCAAAAGCCUCCUCCUUAUGUUAUAAUCACUGUUCCAAAGGUUUCAUUUCUGAUCCCAACUCUGUUCCACUUCCUAAUGUAAGAAUAAUGGCUGAAUUCCGGCGAAGAAUCUUUUUUUCUGUGAACAAUUGGAAAAUAAGAUAGAAUUUUCUCUCGUAAUACUACUCCAGGCUUGACUGUGCUGGCGCGAGUGGGCAUGGUGCCACUCUGGCAGCCAAUCAACGAGCGACUCUGUUUCCCUCCAGGGCGGCACGCCGCCCCUUGUUUGUAGUAGGUGAUGGUAGGUCAGUGCAGGCCCCUGAGGGCCUCGCUCUCAGUGUAUUGUCCACCGCUACACCGCUCGGCCAUCACACGGCACUCUGCCCUCUCGACCAUACAACAACGGCUUGUAACUGCAGACACUAACUUUUAAGAGACAGUGCUGUGAAACUCCUUCAGAUUUGUACAUCUCUUGGUUUGCAACAUGGAGUGCCCCACCGGAGCUCACGGCUCUCCACACCUCAUCCAUAUUCUACACUAAAUUAUUCUGCCGUUGUCGAUGGGGCACUCGCAAGCACUCGGUUAUUAUUGCUUUUCUUUGUUUAAUUUUCAUUAUCCUGAUGUGAUAUGAAUUAUGUAAUAUUCAAACUGUUAUAUUUUUGAUAAACAGAUUUGUUUUUUCUAUUCUCAGUGAGAUGUAAUAGUUUAAAGCUACGCCCUUUUGUAUGUUAAAUCAACAAAGAGCAAGAGACUUGCAGGAGACGGCAAUACCCGCUACACGUCUUCCCCGUGUGUAGCAGGUCUGCCAUCUUAAAAUUCCUGGUAAAGUAUGUUGAAAAGGACAUACAGCUCACAGUUAUGAUCAAGCCCGGUUCCUUUGUUUUCUGUAUCCUUUAUGUGACAACGACAAGGCGAUGUAUUGCAGCUUGCCUCAAAUUAUGUGGUUUGCGGAGAUUGAUCGGGCCCUCGCAUCCUGCCUCCGCGCCGGCCGCCGACCUUGGCAUCCCCAGGGCGUCACAAGGGCUGUGGAUUCCGCGGCGACGGACGUCUGCGCUGCCGCCGCGUCGCCGUCUCACAGCCUUGGAUCGGCCCUGGUAUGGUCCCCUCGUUUCUCGGACGGACGGAGGACGGGGCCCGAAUCACGAACAACAGAGGACAUUAGCCAGAAGGUAGAACAAGUUUCUCAAGUGACGGUCAUGGGCGAUGGUGUUGGUCACGAAGUUCGGACGAGGAAACGGAGGAAGAGCAAAAGUUGCAGCACAUUGCAGAAACUCAAACGAAAUGCUCCAGUGAAGUAACGACUAUAAACUCUAAAGACAUUGAGUAUUAACAAUAAAAUUAUCAAAUUUAGGUCAUUUGAAUCCAAAAGAAAUUAAAGUGUGGCUGUCCCAACAGAGAGCACAGAACAUUAGAUCGAAUAGUUGCAAAAAAGGGUAGAAGGAAGUGUACGCUAUAGCUCAUUAGACUCAGAUGUCCAGUAAUGAAAAAAAAACGAGAUACAAAUGCGAAAAAAGGGCUUCAAGAGGAAAACAAUAAUACCUUACCAGAAGACCGUGAGAAAACGUUCCAUCCGACAGCAAGACGCAAAGAGGAACUGCAAACCACCGUAACAGUGAACCUUCUCUCCCUCUCCCCCCUUGGAUCAGACUUUCGUCGAAGUCUAAGGCGUGAGAGGUCGGCACAUUGGAACUCCCAGGGUUUCCAUCAUGGAUCCUUGUUCACGUUGGCCAUAAGGUCGUGCUGGUCACCUCUGUCAGUGUCAGCUGGGCUGCUGCCGCUGUGUUACGCAUUGCCAAUCACUAGUCGAUUGUAUGCUUCGUGAAUGCUAGUUUAAGUCGUGGUUGAGCGAGGGAAAUUCAAAUCCACAAGAGGACAUUACAAUUAGUCUACAAGACACCACGCCAAGGACGCUUUGGUAGUGGGAGGCACCGACUCGUGGAGCGGAGAUUGCUAGAUGCUUGUACUAGUACCCUGCACAACACUCACUCAGCGCGUUAUUAUGAAAAUUUAAGCUCUGAAGGUUUUCCUCACCCAAAGACUUUUAAAAAGUUCUCGUAGUUUGCUUAGAAAGAAUGCAAAAAUAUAUCAUGAUGUUCUUCACAUACUCUCAACAAUGUACCAACGAUCAUCCUGUGUGAGAACUUGGUGUUGUAGCCCGGUGGCUGGCACGUCGAGUGUGCUGGCAUGGAACGCAACAUGUCACGCAUGCUGACGUGCACCUUCUGACAUACCAGACACAUUGUUGUGUAGAUACUGACAAACCAGCAACACUAGUUAUUCCAAAGACGAUAAUAUUAAUUAACUAUACACAAAAGCUUAUCACUGUCAUAUAGGCAGCAGCAAAUCAGCUACACCUUGUGAAGUAAUUAACAUACCAGUUACUCUGGUUACAGCUCGCAUAUCGAUACACAAGUCACUGUCUUAAUAACACGAUACACUCAAGCUAAAAGGUCCGUCACACUGUUUUAACCACAUGUUCCUCUCAUGUAGUUACAUCAUAUCCACAUACAUUCCUACAUUAAAUUGCCAAUUACACAAGUGUAAAUGUAUAGUUACACUGAUGUGCAUUUGUGGCGUAUCAGUCACACUGUUGGGUUACAAUUUGGUUUAAUUAUUAUCAAAGAAAAAUUUAAUAUUUCUCUUAUUGCAAUAUCGGUAUACUAUUGUGUCGUUAUCAAAAUUCCAGGUCAUUCAACUUGCAAACUCGUUGAGUACACCAAACACGCUUUCUAGUUCUUCAUAAUUUGGACAUGUUUUAUAUAAUUUUACUGUCGUAUGUGAGGAGGACGUAAGGCAAAUGUCCUAUUCAUUCAGCUAGUUACAGUUAUUAUGUAAUACCAGCAGAGUGGACAUUCAUGUCUUACACUGCAAACACGACUAAUUCUGUUUGAUUUGAGUUCGUCAAGAAGUUUGGUCAUAUAUAUUAGAGUUAAAAAACAAAACAAAAAAAACAUCAUAAGGUAUUCUAUCACCACACUUUUUUCUGUGUUAGUGAUCAAAUAGUUUCAGUUCGCUUCAUUUUUUUCUCUCUCUUUAU